AGACUGGAACGAGCUCAAAACAAAAUGGCGGGCAACAUGUCUUUGACAUUCUUAUAAAACUAUUUCGAUCUUUUCGUUAGUUUCUGGCUUCUAGGGCCCCAAUUUUUUAAAACCUAGAUAUGAAGGACUGCAGCAACCGUUGAUGAACAGUUUUGUAAAUAGAUCUUUCAUAUAUACCUGUGAUUGUGUCGAUAGAAUUGGACUAUAAAACUUCAUCUUUCUUAGCAAAAAAACUACAAAACUCUACUAUGGAAAUAGUUCACCAAAAUUCACUCGCUGUUUCUAUUUACCGUUUCCAGAAACUCAAAUGGAAAUACAAAAUGCGUCGGAAGUUGUAAAAAUACAAGCAGAGAAGAAUCAAUUGAAGAAAAUCAUCGAAGGACUGAACUCACAAUUGAAAAACAUCUCUGAUGAGUUGGAAGGGACGAAAAAAAGAUUGAAGAAAGCUGAGUAUGAAAGAGAUAGUGCACAAAGCUAUGUGACAAACUUGAAGCAAGAAAUAGCUACUCUUAACAAGGAGCUGCACGUGGAAAGACAAAAACGGAAGGAGGAACUGCAGUCAAAGAUAGUCUCUUCUAAAGAAUUACAUUUCUCGGAACCAACUCAGAUAAGCACAAGUCAUGAACAGGGAAAUCAAGACUUGAAGUCUGCCCUUGCCGAAGCUGCAUCAGCUGCGAUGACUAAAAGUGGUUUUGUGUUUGAUGAGAGGACUGGUUUAUAUUACGACUGGAACAGUGGGCUGUACUAUAAUCCAAGGACAUGUCUAUACUACAACAACAAUACAGGGACCUAUUACACCUAUAACGAAUCAAGCAGGAGUUACGACUUUCACUCCCAAGUGGAUAUACAGGCUAUUGCUAACACAGCACAGGAGAGCGUGGAGAAACAAAAAAGGAGGAAAGAAAAGAAAAUCAAAGGACUAGCAAUACAAGAUGAUGAUGAUGAUGAUGACAAUGAUGAUGAUAACGAUGGGUAUAGUAGUGGUGAAAUUACAGACUCAGAAAGUGAUACUAAUGUUAUCGGUGAUGAUGCUGCUGCAGAUGGUGAUGCCGUCUCUGACAAUGAAAUGCCACAGACUGUUGUUGCUCCUUGUAUAAGGAUGAUUGUUACAAGCUCUUCUAAGCUCAAGACUGGUACUCUGUUUAUUGUCCCUUGCACUGGGGGACAUCUUGGAAGGGAAAAAGACUCGAGCAAUCUUGUUAGAAUACCUGAUCUGGAGGUCAGCAAGCAUCACUGUCGCAUACAGUAUGAUCAGGAGCGACGACAGUACUUCAUUCAAGAUUUAGGCAGUAGGAAUGGCUCCUUUCUAAAUGACGCUAGGCUUUCCCAGAGCAAAGAUACGAGUGAGUUGCAUGUGUUAACCCAUGGGGACAGGUUAAGUGUAGGCGGGACCAGGUUGUUGCUCCACAUCCAUCCAGGCAUGGAGACUUGUGACGAGUGUGAACCGGGACAAGUGCAAGCACUGGAUAUGACAUCAGCUAAUCAGGUCAUCCAAAUGGCAAAUACCUCAGAUGCAAGAAAGAAGCAACUUAAAUUAUUAAAGAAAGCAUAUGGACUUGAUAAAGAUGCUUUUUGUGAGCCAGGUGAUGUGAUGAAUAAGAAGAAAUAUAAAGAUCGAGCCGACAUAAGGAGAGUAAAAGUUGGGAGUGAUGCCCCAAAUCAACCAGACGCCAUCCCAUCUUCUGUUCACAGACCAAUCAAUGCAGACAACAAAGGCAGGAAACUGUUGGAGAAGAUGGGCUGGAAGACUGGGGAAGGGCUCGGCAAGGAGAAAUCUGGAAGAGUUGAACCGGUUAUGGCAAGUGUGAGGGAAAACAAACGAGGUCUUGGUGGCGGGGUGAAACGUUCUCUAGAUGAAGCACACCUAUCUUCUUAUAGUGGAAGCUUUCUGCGUGCAAAGACUAGGGAACGUUUUAAGAAAAUUGCUGUAUCUACUGUGACUAAUGGGAUAAGUGACAAGAAAGAGAUUUCAAUUGGGAAAGAUGUAGAUAUGUUUGCUGAAUAGGAGUUGCUCAUCUUGUAAAUAAAUGCUCCAGAACGGUCAUCAGUACAAAUGCGACAUUACCUAUGUUUACAUGGCAGUGCAGAAUAGUAAUCAUUUACAGGCACAGAUCCAGGAAAAACUCUAUUUACAAGAAAAUAAGCACUAAACCCUUUCUCCUCAAUCAACAGAAUGAGGACAUACAGCUUAUGCUUAACGUACUAACUCUAUUAAUUCUGACCUGUUUACAUAUAUACAGGUGUAAAUUGGUCUGGAUUCAUGCCUGAUUUGGGAAAUAUCAUAAGGGCUUAUGAGAUUUUGGGUAAAGGGGGUGGUUGACUAAAAUCCUCCAGCCUCUUGUCUGCAUAGUUACCUAGUGGAAAAUGCCUAACCACUGGGUUGGUGAAUUCCUGGUUACUGUCUGUGUGGCACUCUUAUUUUCAAAUGCUAGUUACAUGCAGUUCCACAUGAGUGGAACAUAUUGGCAUGACAUGAGGUAAAAAAAAAAUUUCUUGUGUUUUAAAAAGGAUAUGUUAAAAAGAAAAUGUCAUAUCAUUAUGUGGCAGGUGUACACCAUACUUAAUGUUAUAUAAAGUAUAUUUACAUGUUAACAAAAAAUAAAAACUUGUUUUCAAUAAAACCAAAGCUAUCAAGUCAA